AAUAAGCUGUCAAUCAAUCAAUAAAAACUAAUUUAUAUAGCUGAAGGGAGGGAGGAGGGUUGCCAGAGUCCCCGGUACCUCGGCUUCUUGUUGUCCGCCGCUCUGGGUCGCCGUCAAGAUGUUCAGCCGGAGCACUCUCCUCGUCCCCUACCAUGGGCAACAACAGGUGCGAGGGAUGGCCACCCUCAAGGCCAUCGCCAUGCGCCUUAAGUCUGUCAAGAACAUCCAGAAGAUCACCCAGUCCAUGAAGAUGGUGUCUGCGGCCAAGUACGCCCGUGCUGAGAAAGAGCUCAAGGCUGCACGGCCUUAUGGCGUUGGCACCACAGCCUUCUACGAUAAGGCUGAGGUGAAAGGGGAGGAGGAGAAGCCCAAAGAGCUGAUUGUGGCUUGCAGUAGCGACCGUGGCCUUUGUGGAGCCAUCCAUUCAAGUAUCUGUAAGCACAUCAAGGCUGAGUUGGCUGCAGAUGCCUCCAAUGCAGCCAUCUUGUGUAUCGGAGACAAGUCUCGUGCUCAGCUUGCCAGAGUACUGUCCAAGAACAUCAUUGGUCAGGUGGGAGAGGUGGGACGCAAGCCGGCCACCUUCGAAGAUGCUGCCAGAAUCGCUACCUUCAUUCUCAGCUCUGGAUAUGAUUUUGGAAAAGGCAAAAUCAUAUACAACAGAUUCAAGACUGUGGUGUCAUAUGACACAUUGGAGCUACCUUUCUACACAGCUCCUGCCAUUUCUUCAGCUGAAAAGAUUGGUGUUUAUGAUUCUCUUGAUGCCGAUGUAGUCCAAUCCUACAUGGAGUAUUCUCUGGCAUCGAUGCUGUUCUUCACCCUCAAGGAAGGGGCUUGCUCAGAGCAGUCCUCUCGUAUGACAGCCAUGGACAGCGCCAGCAAGAAUGCCGGUGAAAUGAUUGACAAGCUCACCCUGACCUACAACCGCACCAGGCAGGCUGUCAUCACUGGAGAAUUGAUUGAGAUCAUCUCUGGUGCUGCUGCUGUCUAAAUGGGAUGUUACAUCAGCUAUUAUUUUGGUCAAUCAUUUAUUUCAAUAAUGAAUACAGCUUCAUGUUUUGGGGGAUGAAAUAUAUAAAAUACAAUAUACUGCCAUAAAUAAAGAAAGAACUGGAAGGUACUGCCACCAACCAUCUUAACUAUUUAAGUCAGUUUUUUUUUUUUUACUCCAUAUGACCUCUUUCAGUUUGCUUAUGCAAAAGCCUUAGCAAUACAUUACUAUGUACCAACAAAAUAGGAAACUGCAGUAGUGGCUGUGUUGCUGAGUCACACUUAGAUCACAUUCUCAGCCCAGUUUAAAUGUGUGAAAGAUAGUGCAUCAUCUAUUUAUAUCAUACAAAAUGACCUCUGUGUCACUCAGCACUCAGCCACUUGUGUGUAGAAAGUAUUGUACAAUUCCUUAUGUUAUCUGUAAAGAUGACUAGACAAUUUU